AUGAAGACUAGCAUAAUUUCCUACUCUUUAUUGGUAGGAAUAUUCUCAAUCGGAACCUCCUCAAAAGUAAUCGAUCUUUCAGAUUUAGAUACCGCAAUGGAGGGCUAAUCACUUUUUAAUGAAGUCUACAAUAAAACAGUUGAAUGGGGAGUAUAUAAACCAGAUUUAUACUUCGGAGUUAAGAACAGACAAGAGAAUCCAUUAGCUUUUGGCUUAUUUUGGUAUAACUAUGACAAGGACAAGACACCUCAAGUCAACUCAUCAUAUGCUUACGAUAUGGAUAAUGGAGUUACUGCUUACUAUCAAUUCAAUGAUGGCACAAGUGCUUCAAGAUAACUGAUAAAAGAUGAAAAGAGACAAAUUUAAUACAAAAUUGAGUUCCAUAAAGAGAUGGAACAGAUAGAUCAAACACCAACUGAAUAUAUCAGCAGAUGGACCUCAAGAAUCACCAUCAACGCUUAAGAUGGCCAAUAAAUCUUAGGAAAUCCUGUUUUCUUUGCAGCGAAGGAGGGAAAACUGAACAACGAGGCUGGUACUUUCAAAAUCACAUAAAAUACCAAGAAGAAUUUCUACAAAAUACAGCACACGGUGGAUCCUACAAAUAAUAUCUAUGAGAUGAUAGAGAUAGGAGCGGAAUCUCAAAUAGAUGAUAAUUCGAUGCUUGCUGUAAAUAAACCUGAUGAUUAAACUUGGCAGCUUGACAAACUCUGGGCUACAAACUAUGAUCAAUAUUCUAAAGCCCAUGGUCUUAUCGAUACAACCACCCCUAAUAUCUGCAUGAUAAGGCCAACACUACCCUCAGAUGGACUCUAGAUACUAGUAAGAUACAGCAAGCAAAAAUUCGCUAGUGAAGCUGCAGCCGAUGCUUACACAGAAAUUAUGGAGAAAGACAUUGCAGAUGUAUAAAAAGACAUUGACAGUAAAAUGACCACAGCUGAGUCAAAUUUUAAGGCUCGGUAUCUUCAGAUAUUUGGAGAAGGAUAUAAGGAUUUUCUAAGGACUAUGCCGGAUGCGCUAAUGUUUGGUCAGGAAACUCUUGCCUAACUUCUAGGUGGCAUUGGAUACUUCUAUGGUCCUAUAAGAAUUCUUGACAAUUCUCCUCAAGGAUGGAGCUACGAUUAGCCAGCAGGAUUAUUUACAGCAACUCCAUCAAGACCCUUUUUCCCAAGGGGCUUUCUUUGGGAUGAAGGAUUUCACUCAUAGAUUACAUGCUAAUGGUCAAAGAUGCUGUGUAUGGAUAUUUUAGCUCAUUGGUUCAAUUCAAUAAAGGAAAAUGGCUGGAUUCCAAGAGAACAAAUGAGAGGAAAGGAGGCUGAAAGUAGUUUGAAUUACAAUUUAGCUGAGAACCCUAAGGCAGGCAAUCCUCCCUCAUUUAUGUUUGUUUUAGAGUACCUUUUGGACUCUCUCCAGUAGAAACAAGACUAGAGAGUUAUAGACUUCUUAACUAAUAUUUUUCCCAGAGUGGAGCUUUGGUUUUCCUGGUUUGAUACAACUCUCGGAAAUACAGAUCCUGCUUUAAAAGGAACAUACAUGUGGAUGGAUGUGGGUAAAGAAGGUGCAUUAAGCUCAGGUCUUGAUGAUUAUCCUAGAGGAUGGAGAUAAAGUCAAAAAGCUAAUGUCCACAAUGAUUUACAGCUUUGGAUGAAAACUUUUUCCAAGUUUAUGGCUGAUUUUAUUGAUGAGAUUAAAACCCUAACUGGCAAAACUGUUUCAAAGAAAUCGAGUGAUGAUUAUAGAAAUCAGGCAAGUCUAAUCUAGCAACAACAUAGGACCUGGUGUUACAACGAAGAAACUGGUCUUUUUACAGAUAGAAUAAUCUACCAUGAUGAUCCUACUCCAGACAAUAUUUUUGAUAAACCAUAAGUUGAGAGUAGCUAGCACAUCCUUAGACUAAGAGAUUCAAGAAGACUUGAUGUGAGUUCAUCAUAAUCAAAAGUAGCAAGGAAAUAUAGGCAAAUCAAUCAAUUUUCCCCACAUCAAGGAAUAGUGAAUCUGUUCCCAGUAGCCUUGAAUGGAUUUCAAGGAAUGAUCGAGAGGCUAGAUGAUCAUUUGAUGUUUGGAGUGGACACAGAGACGUUGAACUCACCCUAUGGUCUGAGAGGUGUGUCUGCCUAGGAUAUGGAAUACUUCCCAGGUACUGGAUACUGGAGAGGACCAGUUUGGAUAUCUGUGAACUAUCUUGUUUUGAGAGGAUUGUACAAGUACUAUCUUGAUUAUACCCCAGUAAAUCCCUUGAGCGAAGAUGGAACCAUUAAGACUCCAAAAGAUUUCUACCAGUAACUGAGAUAAAAGAUAGUAUAAGUUGUCUAUGAUAACUGGGAGCCUCAACACCUGCUCUAUGAGAACUUUAAUGAUGUUACAGGCAAAGGGUAAUCCUCUCAUCCAUUCUCUGGCUGGACUACUCUAGUCCUUCUCAUUAUGAACGAACGUUAUAUUUGA